CCUGGUCCGCGAUCGAUAGCUGGCAGUAUGAUCGAUCCGCCGAGAGGAAAGGGCUAGAUUUUGGCUUGUUGCUGCUCGAAUGCGCGAUUCUUGAUGCUUCUCUCGCCCAGGAAAUUUCGAUUCUAACACCGGCGCCUUGGCACAGAUCGCGGUCGGCGCCUGGAUCGAUCAUGGAUCCUUGCAACUGCAUUGACCCGCUGUGGCCGGCCGAGGAUCUCCUCAUCAGGUACCAAUACGUGGCCGACAUCUUCAUCGCCCUGGCCUACUUCUCCAUCCCGAUCGAGCUCGCCUACUUCGUGCUCAAGUCCUCGAUCUUCCCCUACCGCGGCGUGCUCAUCCUCUUCGGCCUCUUCAUCGUCCUCUGCGGCGCCACACACAUGAUCAGCCUGUGGAUGGUGGAGACGCACUCGCGCGGCGUGGAAUGGGUCAUGACCGUCGCCAAGGCGCUCACCGCGGUCGUCUCCUGCGGCACCGCUCUCAAGCUCGUCCAGAUCAUCCCCGACCUCCUCAGCGUCAAGACCCGCGAGCUCUUCCUCAAGAACAAGGCCGACGAGCUGGACCGGGAGAUGGGACUGAUGCGCACCGAGGCCGAGACCGGCAAGUACGUGAGGAUGCUCACCAAGGAGAUUCGCAACAGCCUCGUCAAGCACACCAUCCUCAACACCACGCUGGUGGAGCUGGGCAAGACUCUGGGGCUGGAGGAGUGCUGCCUGUGGAUGCCGAAUCGCAGUGGCACGGAGCUGGAGCUGUUUCGGAGCCUGCGAUCGCCCAACGCGGUGGCGGCCAGCGUCCCCGUCCACCACCCCGACAUAAAGCUCGUGUUUGGAGCCAACCGGGCCGUGGUCAUCCCCUCGAGCAGCCCGGUUGCGAUUCACGUACUCACGGCCGCUGGCAACGCUUUCGCGAGAUCAUCGUGCAGGUACGCUCCAGGAGAGGUGCUGGCGGUCAGAGUCCCGUUUCUCCACCUGAAUGACUUUCGGGUCGGGGACUGGUCUCAGGCUCACGGUCACCGGCCGUUUGCUCUCAUGGUGCUCGUACUGCCGCCAAACAGCGCCCGGAGAUGGAGACCUCACGAGCUGGACAUGGUGGACGCGGUUGCCGACCAGGUUGCUGUUGCUAUGUCCCAUGCGUCCAUCCUGGAGGACUCGAUCAAGGCCAGGGACCUGCUGAUGCAGCAGAACGUGGAGCUCGAGACGGCCCGGCGCGAGGCGGAGAGCGCUGACCGUGCCCGGAACAACUUCAUGGCCGUGAUGAACCAGGAGAUGCGGACUCCCAUGAACUCCAUCAUCGAUCUCACUCACAGGCUCGAGGAGACCAGCAUGACUCAAGACCAGCGGGCUCUAGUCGAUACGAUCCUCAGGAACAGCACCCUCCUGGCCAAGCUCGUCAACAGCGUGCUUGACCUGUCGAGGCUGGAGGACGACAAAACCGUGCUGGACAUGCGAGCUUUCAGGCUCCGCGCCAUUUUCGAAGAGGUGAUGGAGCAGAUCAAGCCUGUGGCCUCGGUGAAGAAGUUGGCCUUGUCACUGUCACUAGCAGCCGAUCUUCCCGACUACGUCCUCGGUGACGACCGUCGCCUCGUCCAAGUUCUCCUCCAAAUCACCGGAAACGCCGUCAAGUUCACCAAAGAAGGCAGCGUGAGUACGAGCGUGAGGCUGGAGAAGGGCGUCAAUGGCAGCAACGACCAGCAUUGUUACAUCCGAGUACAGGUGAGAGACACGGGCCAAGGCUUCCUCCCGCAGGACAUACCCAAGCACUUCAACAGGGGUGGGAUGAUUCUCGACGCCAAGAACAUCAAGCAUUACAGUGGCACAGGCCUGCCGAUCUCCAAAAGGCUGGUAAAUCUCAUGGAAGGCCACAUCUGGAUCGAGAGCGAUGGCCCUGGCAAGGGAUCGGUGGUCACCUUCAUUGUAAAGUUGCAGAGAUGCGUAACUCACACUGUGAGCGAUGAUCCGGAGAGGGAGCCACUGCUUGGCUCCAACUUUUGAGGCGGCGAACUUGGCCGAGGAGUCUGCUGGCUACAACCAACAUACUUCCGCCCGUCGUGGUAGCUCUCCUCUUUUCUUUUCUACCCAGUAUAACCCCUGUGCGUAAUUUCUGUUUCUUCAGCUCCGCUGUGAUCAAUCAAACCGGGGAUCUCACAGAGGCGUGGGAUUCAAGGCCUCGCUCGCGUCGGCGUCGGCAUCGUCGUCUUCGUCGUUGCCGCCCCCGUCGGACACUUCUGCCGCUGCCGAGUCGCCGUCGUCCUCGAGCCCCAUCUCUUUGAGCGUUUCCUGGACGAACUCCAUCAUGAAUCUGUUGUAGAGCCUCUUGAUGGUACGUAUACACUUCCUUCUCUCGCCCGCGGGCAGUGCCGGUUUGUUCAUCCCCUCCUGGCCGGACACAAACGUGUCCCACCCGUUCGCGGCCUCAAACUGUCCCAAGGCAGAGAAGUCUCGUCAAGUUUCAGUGCGCGAAAGCUUGGUUUCUAAGACGCACCUUGCAUUUUCCACCCGUUCGGAGGAUCAUAGUGGCCAGCUUCCCCAUGUUGACGAACUGAUUCGCGGCUUUAGGAUGGACGCAAAAGACCGGCUUUCCUUUCUCCUUGAGCCAGUGCCGGAGUUCUUUGGUCGAGACUUUGCAUGGAUCCAAGUCUGUAAAGAGAGAAGCUUGUCAAUCCACCCAUUUUUUCUCC